ACGUAUCACAGACCGGAGAACAGAAUGGUGGCUUUAUGUUGGUAUUUUGGCUCAAUUCUCCUCCUUGACUUGGGGACCAUGACAUUGAGCACCGAAAUGGGCCACAAUUCAGCCAUGGAAAUCUUCAGCGACAAUGUCAUUAUCCCGCCCAUGCCAGAGGCAUCCAUACAUCAACACAGUCAUCACAGGAAGCACAGAGGUCGUAAGGAGAGGAUGACAGCAGGUCUGCUCCGAGAGAUGCCCCAUAUUACUGUGUUCCACACCCAAAAUGAAGGGCCAGACCUGGAGGGCCUCAGUCCCGUCCGCUUAGAGAUAGAGCCAGGAGAUAAAAGACGAGUAUUGAGUGGAAGAAAGAGGACCUUCAAUGGGUUUGAUUCCUUAAUUCCAGAGCAAACGUAUAUCUCUCCUGGCGCCGGGACUCCAGAGAAGGCAAUGAGACAUCCCACUGGGCGCAAAGUGUUUGGAGGGCACAUCAUUAGGGCUGUUCAUGAUGAGGGUAAUUUGGCAUCAGGGAAGAAACGGAGGGUUUCUUUUGAUCAAAGGCUCAAUCUAAACUCCUUUGGGAGUCCCACAGAGUCAGUGUUCCCCGCAGCCACUGCUGGCUCCUUCAUAUUACCCAUAACUGCAGUCGGUGGGAAGCCGUCCACAAAGCCAACCCCCUCUAGUAAACCACAGGUCAGAAGUUUCAGUGGGGAUGUGACGCCCACUUUCAACAUAACAUUCUUCGACUGGACUGAUUAUGAAUAUAUGAGGCCUUCAGACAAAAAGCAAUUUUCUAAGAAGCAAGGAUCUGACAAACAGGCCACGAAAAGUCCUAGCAUUGAACUCAUUACUCUUACAUCAGAAGAGAGCUGUAAACAUCACCUGGAUUGUCUACCAGGGUCGUGCUGUAAUCUCAGAAAACAUGUAUGUGAGCUUCACAACCGUGGCUUCAACAACAAGUGCUAUGACAGCUGCAUGUGUGAGGAAGGGCUUCGUUGCUAUGCUAAACUGCACAGGCAUUACCGCAUCACACGCAAAAAGGGACAAUGUGUUGAUGAGGGUAUAAGCUUAAACCGUGGCAUGGUCAUUGUUUAAAUAAGGCAGAAGAAUUUGUCAUAUUUUCCUUUCCAAAUGCAUGCAAUUACAUUUUCCACUGUUUUGGAUUUUUUUUAUAUUCAUUCUUAUACAUGUUUAGUUGUAUCAUUUGGUUGCUUUCCUGGAUUUCGCCUAAUUGUUUCCAAAAAUUGUAAAACAUUGACAGCAAUAUUUUGAGAAUGCAUAGACAUUACAUAUUUGCAUGAGUUUUACAAAACAGAUUGUUUAUACUACAAGAUCAGUUCAUUCAAAUGAAUGAAAAUUGAGCUACUCUGUUAUGAUAUGUAAUGUGCGAUAUGAAAAUUGAGUAAUGUGUCAUUGUGGAAUCUUUGAAAAUUUGUAACAAAUGUAUUAUAGAAGUUAUUGCAUGUAGACAUAUUUGUAUUUUGUGUUCAUGCGGUUGAGUUGCAUCGAUCUGUUGUUGUCAUUACAAGGGAACAGUUGUGAAUAGAUGGACUUGAGCAUGCAUGCAAAGACCGUCUUUUUAAUGUUGGGACUACAACGCCUGCCAGGUCCCCAGCUUCCAAUCAGACGAGCAGCUUUGGAAUGGACACAAAGAAGAACACAGGGGAGAUCUUCAUCUCACAUUAUUAAACCAGUAAAUCUUC